AAGCUUUUUUGUGCCCUCCCCAUGCACACUCAAAAAAGCAUGAAGGACAAAGCUAAUGGUGGUAGUGACAACGUAACAGCUCACUGAGGGAACGUAUUCGGACCUUUAAAAAAGAUAAUCAACAAAUAAAAAUGUCUGACAGAAUCGCAGAUGAGGAGCCAGUGGCUGUCACUCACACAGGACCAAAGGGUGUCAUCAAUGACUGGCGUAAAUUUAAACUGGAGAGCAUGGACCAGGAGACUCUGCCUCCCAACAAGAGAGAGCUUCUAAGACAGAUGUCAUCCCCCCACAAACCCAGAGACUCCUGUGUGGGUGGAAUCAAUCGCAAGAUGAGCGCUCAGGAGUAUGAGCUGAUAAAAGAAGAUGAUGAGAAAAGUCUGCGUAAGUACCGCAAGCAAUGCAUGCAGGAGAUGCACGAGCGCCUGAGCUUCGGGCCCAAAUUUGAGGUCGUGUAUGACCUAGACAGUGGCGAGGCCUUUCUGGAGGUCAUUGAGAAGGAGCACCGGCUCACAGUGGUGGUGGUGCACAUCUUUAAAGAUGGAGUGCAGGGGUGCGAGGUGCUUAACAGUUGCAUGGAUUGCCUGGCCACAGAAUAUCCCAGUGUUAAAUUCUGCCGCAUUAGUGCCGCCGCCACUGGAGCUGGUGAGCGUUUCCCAGAUGACGUGCUGCCCGCUUUGUUAGUGUACAAGGCUGGAGAGCUUCUGGGAAACUUCCUGGCUGUUACGCAGCAUUUCAGCGAGGAGUUCUUUGCUACCGAUGUAGAGGCCUUCCUCAAUGAGUAUGGACUGCUGCCAGAGAAGGAAUGCGGCCCUGGAGCGGAUGAGGAUGAAGCAGAUGUGGAGUGAUGAAAGAUGGCAGAGAGUAAGAAUGGAUUAAAUGAAUGGGAGGAAUGUUUUUCUGAGUAUGACAAGAAUAAGUUUCAUUAUUCUUCCAGCUAACAUGAUGAGAUGCUUCCAUGUGCACAUGCAGCUCAGGGUAAAGAUCUCUUUGAGCACAGUAGAGAAAACUACUAAAUGUUUUGUACAUUACAACGAAAAAAUGGAAUAAAGCUGAGAAAGAUAAUGAGAUAUUCAACUAUCAUGUUUUCUCAAAUAGACAACUGCAUGAAUAUGAAAUAGAUAAGAAUGAAUUAGUGUCAUGUGGAAUACUUAUGCACAUAUUGUACAUGUGAUAGUAUGCAGCCAAAGAUGAUACAAA